AUGGCAGGAGGCAUGGGGCCAUGGGGUCAUGGCUGCCACUACGGUGCCUCGAACGUGGGGGGUCAGGCGGAAUCAAAUGUGGAGCUCAGGGAUUUGAUCGGAGUCGCCACCCAACGAUCUCUUUCACCUCUCACAUCGCAUCCAUCGCUCGUCUCCCGUCUUCAUCCACUACCUUGCCCCAGGCAACCCUUCCACAACACAAAUCCCUCAAGACAGACUUCAAAAAUGGGUGGAGGCGAUUUGAAUCUCAAGAAGUCCUGGUUCCCGGGCCUCCUCGUCAACCAGGAGCGAGUCUGGAAGGCGGAGAAGGCUGCGCAGGAGGAGAAGAAGGCGUUGCACCAGCUCCGCAAGGAGCGCGAGGAGGAGCGCCAGCUUGCCGAGCUGCAGCGCAUGCAGGAGGAAGCUACGGGCAAGAAGCGCACUGAGAAGCUCGACUGGAUGUACGCCGCGCCCGGCAACAACGAGGGGGCCAUGGGCGGCCGCAUGACUGAGCACGAGCUCGAAUCGUACCUCCUCGGCAAGAAGCGUGUUGACGAGGUGCUCGCUGCGAGCGACAAGAACGUCGGCAACUCGCACAACGACUUUAUCGCCGUCCAGAACGCCAACUCGGCUCGCGAUACGGCGUCCAAGGUCCGCGAGGACCCGUUGCUGGCGAUGAAGAAGGCUGAGCAGGCCCAGCUUGCUGCGCUCAUGAACCGUCCCGAUAUUCGCCGCCAGCUCCGUGAUGCCAAGAAGGAGAAGGAGGGCAAGGGCGACAAGGAGGAACGUAGGGCACGCCGCAAGGCGGAGAAGGAGGAACGCCGUCGCGACCGUCACGACAGACGCCGUCGCUACGACGACUCGCCUCGCUCCGACUAUUCGGACGAUGACAGGAGGCGGCCUCGCGACAGCAGGGACCGUGAGCGCGAGCGCGACAGGGACAGCCGCCGUGAGCGGUCCGUCUCACCCCGCCGCGACUCGCGCCGCAGCGACCGCAGCGACGAGAAGCGCUACCGUGACGAGAGCCCGCGCGCCAACGGAAGCCGCGACGCGCGUCCCCGUUCGGACUCGCCGAGGCGUGUGAAGGAGGAGAGGGAGACGCCCCGCAGCACCGACUCGAGGGACCGUCGUGACCGCGAGGCCGACUCGCGCGACCGCCGCAACGGGGACUCGAGGGACCACCGCAAUGGCGACUCUAGGGGUUACAGCAACAACGACACGAGGGACUCUCGCAACGGUUCCAGCUACCGUGAUGACCGCGACUAUGGCCGUCGCGAUGACCGUGAUGACCGCGGACCUCGCCGUCCGUCUCCCGAGCGCAAGCCUUACGAGUCGCGCCCAUACAGCAGCCGCCCUCCUGCUGCUCCCAGUCGGCCUGCACCCGCACCUGCCGCCAACAGCUCGCUGGACGACGCGCGCGCUGCGCGCCUGGCAGCCAUGUCUGCUUCGGCCGACUCGCUUUACGCCGAGCGCUCCCAGACGCUUGCUCGCCGUGCCGAGGAGGAGAAGAAGGUUCUGGAGAGCGAGGAGAAGGCGCGUUCCAAGUACCACCGCGACGAGGCUGCUGGCAUGUUCAUGAAGCACCAGGAGGAGAUGAGCGGCCAGCAGAGCCUCGCGCAGAGCCUGCAGCGCCGUGGUGGUAUGGGAUUGUUGAAGGACCUGUAG